AUGCCCUCUUUUCAUAAAUUGCGAGGUAAAAUUCUCAACAAUAUAGUUAGAGAUGUGAAGACAUAUUGUGAUGAACUAAAAUUGAGCUGGAAAGCUACAGGAUGCAGUGUAAUGGCAGAUGGGUGGACAGACAUCAAGAACAGAACAUUGGUAAACUUCCUUGUAUAUUGCCCUCUUGGUACUAUGUUCUUAAAAUCUGUUGAUUUGUCUGAUACUCCUAAGACUGCUGAUGUGUUGUUUGGGAUUUUUGAUAAAGUUAUAGAAGAAGUUGGGCCUGAAAAUGUCGUACAAUUUAUCACUGAUAAUGCAGCAAAUUAUAAAGCUGCAGGUGAAAUGUUAGCAGCACGAUAUGGGACAUUUUAUUGGAGUCCAUGUGCUGCUCACUGUGUAAAUCUUAUGCUUCAGGAUCUUGGUGAAAGGGAUGAUAUGAAGUUGACAGUUCACAGAUGCCAAGAAAUCACGAAGUUUAUUUACAAUCAUGCUUAUGUCUUGAAUUUGAUGAGGAAAUUCACAAAUGGGGCUGAAUUGAUUCGACCUGCACAAACACGGUUUGCUACAAAUGUUUUGACUGUGCAGGGUAUAGUCAAGCAAAGAACUUCUCUCAGGCAGAUGUUUUCAAGUGAUGAUUGGGCUGCAUAUCCACAUGCCUAUAAAAGAAAGGCUACGACAGUUGUGGAUACCAUCUUCGAUGUUGACUUUUGGGAAUCAUGUGUGCACUUAUUGAAGAUUUGUGUACCUCUAGUGAAAGUCCUCAGAUUAGUUGAUAGUGAAGAUAGACCUUCUAUUGGAUAUUUAUACGAGUCUAUGGAUAGAGCCAAGGAGGCCAUUAGAGAUAAUAUGAAGGGAAAAAAGAAGUUGUACAUGCCUAUAUGGAAGAUUAUAGAUGAAAGGUGGUCUGGACAACUUCAUCGCCCACUUCAUGCAGCAGCCUACUACCUAAAUCCUGCUAUUAGAUAUCUUCCCACUUUUAAGAAGGACAGAGAGGUCGAGUAUGGCAUGUUGGAUUGCAUUGAUGUGUUAGUAAGUGACAGUAAAGAACAAGACGCUAUCCAUAUGUCGAUCAACAAAUAUGAUACGGCUUCUGGUACCAUGGCGAGAGACACAGCAGUUCGAUGCAGGACAACUAUGCGUCCAGAUUUGUGGUGGGAAAGGUUUGGGCCUGAUUGCCCAGAAUUAAGGAAGCUUGCAAUUAGAAUCCUCAGUCAAACAUGUAGUGCAACUGGAUGUGAAAGAAAUUGGAGUGUAUUUCAGCACAUCCAUAGUAAGAAGAGGAAUAGGCUGGAACAUAAAAGGUUGAAUGACCUUGUUUAUGUUCGUUAUAAUAUGAAGUUGAGACAAAGGCAACUAGAAACAACAUCUACGAGGAAGCAUCACAAUCAAUAUGAUCCUAUCUUCAUUGACCAUUUUGAUAUAUUAGAUUCUUGGGUUGAAGAAGAACCAGCUGCAAUACUUGAUGAGGACGAUCUUGAUUUUUUGAAUGUUGAAGGAGCAGCAGAGAUUGUUGAAGAAGGAGAGGCUGGGGGGGAGCAAUGGAAUGUUGGUGACAUUCCAUUUGCAACAGAGGGGAUAGAAGAAGAAGUUAAUGAAGGAAGUGAAGAUGAUGAUGAAGAAUGAAGAUGAUGAUGCAAAUGACGAUUGACGAUGCUUUUUGUUUUGAGUUUUGAAAACUAUGUCAAUAUGUUCUGAGUUUUGACUUCUGAACUUAUGAAUUGUGAUGUAAUUGAAUACUCUUAGGUUGUUUAGUAUGUUAUUUUGUUUUUUGAAUGUUUGAUUUCUUAUUUUGGAAUGUCUUGUUCAUAUGCAUACCUCAUACUUCAUAGUUCAUAUACAUGAAUGAUGAAUGUUCCUUUAAAUACAUUUUUCUUGAAUUUUUCUGAUUUUUACUAGUUUUUUCGGAUUUUUUUAGAUUUUUUCUGAUUUUUUCUGAUUUUUUAUAAAUUUUUAAUAUUUUUUACAAAUUAAAAAAUUAAUUUUACGAUACGUUACGAUACAUUUACGCUACGUUACGAUACAGUGUAUAGGUCGGCCCGACCGAUACACGAUACGAUACGGCAGUGAUAACAUUGUUUGAAAGGUUCUAUUCAUCGAAGUUGCAUGGGUUUUGGUUUUUAUGUCCUCAGGUCCUUCAUGGUUUUAGACGAGGAUAAUGCUUAGCUUCUCUUGUAUCACGUUAGUGUCAGGUUAGUUGAAUAGAUCCUUUAGUUAGCUAUUGCACAUGUCCAGUGGUUAAGGUCAUUGGUUUGAUUUGUAUUCAGUAGGAUCCUAUUUUGAUAUAGUUUGAUUAUUUAGUUUUGUUGAGUUGGGCAAUUGUUUUCUGCUUUAAUGGUUUCCUGCAUAGUGUCAUGUUUAGUUUUUACUUUCAUUGUGACAUGGGUUGUUUAGGUGCCUUUAUUGUCUUAGUCGUCUAGAGUAUUUUCAUGUACAGUGCCUAUGCUGAUUUUUCUUCCUUUUCACCCUUUUAUGACCCCAUCUGAAGGUUCAACGAGGCAUAUUCCCUUUUUUAUGUGAACUGGAAAAAUAUUUGGCAUUAUCAUGUCGAUGGUUAAAUUUGAUAGUAGAAAGGAAAAUUAUUUCUGAUUCACCUCGUUAUACUCAAUUGUUGCCAUUGAGACUGAACAAAUUCGGUAUUUUUUCUUCUCUUUCCUUUUAUUUUCAUUUUCCUUUAUUUGUUGCUUUGAAAUCAAGGACAAUUGCAGUGCAAAGCAUCUCUUCCAAGGAAGGCAACCUUAACUUGAAGAUAUCUGUCCCACAAGGUUAUCAUUUCUCGAAGGUUUGAUACCGAAAGGACUUCUCCUGUGGCUUGAUUAUAUUUUUGCCUGUCCCUUUUUAACCUAUAUUCAGGGAUCAUAUAGUUAUAAUGUAAUAAUGUAUACGAGAUUUUAUAUUAUUAUGUAUAUACUGCACAUAUACUAGUUCAAAAUAUAGAUACAUAUUGUAAUUAUAUAUGUUACCAUAUAUAUACAUACGUAUAACAUUAUUUUGCCUUCUUUGCUUAAUCUUUACUCUUUUUAAUUUGUUAAAAUAAGAGUUUGAUAGCCUGGAAUCUUGCUUGUUGCAGUUCUUCAUGAGAAUUCUUAGUUACGUGAUGCAUUGUCUUCCUUAAGUCUAAGAAAAAAGGAAAAUUUACUAUAUAUUUUCUGUCCUCAAUUGUUCAGUGCUUCUGUUGGGUUUUCAGGUGAAUGCGGCAAAAAAUGUGCUGAAACUUUGCGAUUUUGGUAAUGCUAUGUUUUCUGGGAAGAAUGAGAUUGCAGCAUAGUUGUAUCUCUAUUCAGCAAGUCCUCCAUUUGGUUCUAUUCAAGUAUAGUUGUAUCUCUAUUCAUUAGUUGUUUUUACUGCAACUUUGAAAAUCUGUUGCGUGUGCAAAUUAAGGUACUUCUUUGUGUGAUGUGUAUGCUUCUGAAUGGUGAUGUGACGGUUAUUAUUGACUGGCUUCUUGAAACUGCAGUUCUUGGCUUGCCGUAUGACCAUGCUUUGGACAUAUGGUCAGUUGGCUGCUGCUUGUACGAGCUAUAUACAGGAAAGGUCCACUUCCCUGGACCAUCAAACAAUGACAUGCUUCGGCUUCAUAUGGAGUUAAAAGGUCCAUUUCAUAAAAAGAUGCUCAGGAAGAUCGUCAUUUUGAUCAGGAUCUGAAUUUCCAUGCCACUGAAGAAGAUCCUGUUACAAAGAAGGUGAUCAUUUUUUCAUUAUCAUGUACUUCAGGUUAAUUUAUCUAUAGCAUGGUGAAAGUACAUCUUGUUCGUGUUAUAUAUAUAUCAUUGUUCAGUAACAAGUGGCUGGGUAGGGCCAUUAUGACCUUUAUACCUACAUCUUAGUUGACUCCACAAGGACGAUGCAGACAGUUCUUUCCAUGGUCAGCAAUACCAUAAUUAAGCAAAGCCAAGUAGGGAUGCGCGCGAAAGGAUGUAAGUGAACAAUGCUAAUCAGCUAGUCUAAGUGCUCCUUAGAAAAGUAUGCUUAUUAGCCUUUUUGUUUUGUGGCAUUUUGUACGCAUCACAGUUAUAACAAAAAGAUACAAGAGUAAAAUAUUUAGCUGUGCUAUUUUUCUGUGUUGGUGUGUCUUUAAAUGGAAGAUUACUUUAUUUUUCAUUCCCUAGAUAGAACUCUUUUUUUUUUUUUUUAAAGUAGUUCUUUGGUAGUCCUGGAGGUGCUAAUUUUGUCUUUCAUUCAGGGCUUAUGGCAGUUCUCUGAGGCAAAUAUAACAAUGGUACUGAUGGUUGAAGACAGCAGAAAGAUGGUACCCUAGUUUGUUUGCUGAGUAGCUCAAUAGUCAAAACUUUUAGUCAUAUGCCCUAGCCAGAUGAUUGUAGUGUCUUUCCAAGUGGUUGGUCUAUCAUUUGUAAUGGAGCACUUUUGGGCUGUUAAAAAAUGUGCAUCUUAGAAGCAUAGCUUCAGAGUAUUCAUUGCUCCCAUGUAUGUGUCUCCAGAAGGUUUCAACAUCUGCUGAUUAAUGUGUGAUCUGUGCAAUGAAUAGGAGAUAAUUAACUUUGUCUCCAUAAUUCUGCCUUUCUAUAACACUGCUCCCUAAGCUGACAUUCUUUUGGUGGUCCGGGAGGCUAUCUGGCUUGAAGCACCAAUUAUUUGGUGAAUAGUUAACCACUCUGUUCUUUUAUUCUGCUAAUGAUGUUCCAUAGCUUUUCCAAUACGAGUUAAAUGUAAUUUCAUUAAGAAGAUAUCAUAGAGGUCUGUUUAUAUUUUUGCAAAAUUUCUUCUAACAUGAUUCACUGCCUUUUUAUGGUAGGAUGGAUGAUUUCUGGUGUCUUUUAUGCACGGCAUACGGGAGGAACUUAAAGAUGGUUCAGUUCAGGUGUAUAGUGUGCAAGAUUUCAUCCCAAAAGAUCCUGCAGCACUUGUAUGACAGAAUGGUUCCAGUCUUACUCAUGAUAAGUUUUGGGGCUGACUAUCCUUGCUUUCAACAAAGGGAAUUUCAAUUCAAAGACCUUAAAUGAGCUACUAAGUUUAGGUCCUAGUUUUGUAAUAAUGAAGUUUUUUGAGAGUGUACUGGACAUUGUCAUGAUGUAUGGGGCAUAUUCAACAACUCGUCGUUUAGCUGUGAUGAGAAUUGUUGUCCGUUUUCUUUGGUUUGGUGUUGCUUCAGCAUUUGUAUCAUAUCUUUAUGUGAAGGGACUUCAAAAUCCAAGGUUUGUUUUCUACAAGACUUACAUCUUUGUUCUAAUUGCAUAUGCAAGUGUUCAGCUGGCCUUUAGCCUACUCAUGCGCAUUCCAGCUUUGUCAUAGGCUGACAAACCGAUGUGAUCAAUGGCCUGUUAUGAGAUUUAUCAAGUGGAUGCAUCAGGAAAGACAUUAUGUUGGACGAGGAAUGUACGAGCGAACAACUGACUUUAUCAAAUAUAUGAUUUUCUGGCUUUGUGUAUUUGGAGCAAAAUUCUCAUUUGCCUAUUUCCUCCAGGAAAGUUAAAGCAUAUACCAAUUGCUAACUGGUCGAUGAUGGUUCUUCUGUUUAUGUUUCAUCUUUCUGACUGUUUCCUUUCCAGCAUAUGCAGGUAAGGCCAUUGGUCAAUCCUACAAAAGUUAUUAUAAAUCUUAAUGGGCUAGAGUAUUCGUGGCAUGUUCUUGUAUCAAAACGUGAGUUUUUGCGGCCUUUGUCUAGUCAUAAAAUGCUUUCGAGGGAUUAAACUAGGAAGGUAAAAUGUUCUUGUGGCCUGCAUAAGCUCACAUGCCUAACAAUAACAACAAUGGAAACAAUGCAGCUGUCAUGCCAAUGUUGACGAUUGCUGCUCUUUUCCUGAAUCCUUUCCUGCAGAGGCAUCACUGGUGCUGUUUCUGUUGUUUUCUGCUGCUAAGCAGGCUGAUUAAUUUGUUAUUGUAUAAGUAUUUUGUUCCACAUACAGGAUCACUCUAAGUGCUUCUGAAUUUGGCUAUUUUUGAAUAAUUUUGGGAGACAGUUCACACUAAAUUCAUACUUUGAUUUCGUUUUUCUUUUC